AUGAACAAAGAACAAUUAGAUGCUCUGAGUAAAGUCCAUGAGAAAUGGGAGAAAAAACCUGGCUAUUAUAAGCAGGGCCCUGAUGCUGCUUCCAGCAGGCAGUCUUCAAAAUCUCAUUCUAAAAAGAAAUCCCAAGCAAAAAUUGAUACAUUGAACAUAGACAGCAUUGCUAAUUUUAAGGUGUCUCCUAUUAUAAAAGCAGAAUCCCUUGUCUCUUACUGCACAUAUAUGGGGUUUUGUUGUCCAUGUUUUCCUCAGAGUCGGAGAGACUUAACCUCUGAGAAUUUAUCACAACUUAGUUUACAGAAUGUUUUAGAUGCAAAAUCAGAACUUAGAAAUCCCAGUAGAUUGGAAGAAACUUUUCCAUGUCUGACUUAUAGUUUGCAGCGUCGGACAUUCCACCAGUAUCCAGAUGUUACCCUACGAGUGCUUAUAUCGAGCAGGGUACAAGAUGCCGUCCAGCAAUAUGCAGAAAGUACAUUUAGUACAAUUCCAGAAGCCGUACAGUGUAGUUUGGAGAAAGUUGUCAAAGAUGAAAGUGAUAGAGCUAAACAUAUAUUUAAAAACAUGAAAGCUUGUAUAUCAAAUAAAGUAAUCAGAUUUGUUGGUUGGUCAUUAUUCAAGUUCCUUGGUCUAAUCUUGCGAAGUGUCCAAGUACAUCGGUCACAAUUACAACUUAUUGAAUCCUUGGAAAAGAAAGGCAUACCAAUAAUCUAUCUUCCUUUGCACAAAAGUCAUUUGGAUUAUGUCAUUAUUACAUGGAUCAUGUGGAUACACAAUAUGAGAGUGCCUCAUGUUGCUGCUGGAAACAACCUCAACAUACCAUUACUUGGCUCUGUUUUAAGAGCCCUUGGAGGAUUUUUCAUUCGAAGAAAAUUGGACCAAAAUGGCAGGAAAGAUUUGGUUUAUCGGGCUGUGUUGCAAUCGUAUAUGCAAGAACUCCUUCUGGAAGGUCAAUCUCUGGAGUUCUUUGUGGAAGGUGGUCGCAGUCGGAGUGGCAAGGCUCUCUAUCCUAAAGGUGGUCUUCUCUCUGUAGUAGUAGAUGCCUACUUACAAGGUAAAAUACAAGAUGCUUAUAUUGUACCGAUUAGCAUAAGCUAUGAAAAGCUUGUAGAAGGUGAUUUUACAGCAGAACAAAUGGGCUCCCCAAAACAACGAGAAAAUAUAUGGUGUACUUUGUGUGCUCUCCUUCAAGUUCUCUGCGGAGACUAUGGUCAUGUGAGAGUGGAAUUUCCUCAACCAUUUUCUGCGAAAGAAUUCAUCCAAUCGUUCAACUUCAACAAUAGUGUAGCUCUCCAGGCUUCUUUGACUGUCCCUCCUAUGCCUGAUGGAACGAUGACACCAUCAUCUUUGUCCAGCAGUUUGUCAAGCAAUACUUCAUUAUGCACGCUGAAUGUUAAUAAAGAAAACAGAGAAUUGGUUCAGAGUUUAGCUGAACAUGUCAUCUACAGUUGUGUGUGUAGCACAGUGAUGAUGAGUACCAAUCUUUUGGCCUUUCUGCUGUUAACAAAACACAGAGAAGGUGCAGAUCUCAAUACAUUGUCUGCCAGUUUCAAAGAUUUGAUUAAUCAAGUCAGAAUCCGUAAUCGUGAUCUUGGUUUUAGUGGCAAGACUGAAAAUAUUAUUCCAUAUGCUGCAACUUUGCUGGGCGAUAACUUUGUCAGAAGACUUCACACAAAAGAUGGUGAGCUGUUUUUCAAGCCAGUUGUAGAUUUGCCUGCUGUCUUUGGCUUAAGCUACUACAGUGCUCCAGUGACUUGUGUUUUUGCUAUGGAGAGUAUCAUAGUUGGUGCCUGUUUUUACAUUGGUCAGUUUAGCCUUACAGAUCUGGACAGUUCCAUUCACAGGCUUGAUACUUAUAUUAAACGAGAAGAGCUUUUCCAAACUGCCCGUGUUCUUUGCAAAUUAUUCAAAUUUGAAUACAUUCUGAGUUUGAACUGCAUGGAAAUUGAUGAUGUCAUCACAGAUGCCUAUGAUGUCUUAGUAAUGAGAGAAAUCUUACAAAUUCCUACAUUAGAGGUAUCCAAUCGACUGUAUCCUAGGAAAGUGCUUGAUAUAUACUCCCUUGGUGAUGAAGAGGACUUUGCUUAUGCAAAUGAAAGAUUAAUGAUUAAUACCUCCAGUGAUGAGUGUAUUGAGAAGCUGUAUUUUUAUCAGAGAAUAAUGCUUCCUCUCUGUGAGGCAUACCUUGUUGCUGCCAACCAUGUAAAGACUUUAUUUGAACGUAACAUUCCAGAGGAUGAAUUCAUCUCAACAUUACACAAUGCAGCCAAAGAUCGCGUAGCCAAGAAACUUGUCAAAUGUAGUGAGUCUGCAGCCUUAGAUACAUUGAAGAAUGCAAUGAAAGCCCUUUAUGACUUUCAACUCAUAACAUCAUUCCAUCCUGAUGGAGACAAGGACCAGACCAAACUUAUCUGCUUAAACAAUGAAAACAAUGUUAAACAGAGACUUUUUGACCUCAUCGAUUUACUUGAGCACAUGAGAGAAUGA